AAAGUGUAUCUCUAAAAGUUAUUAAUAAUUAUUAUUUUAAAUAGAAAGAUUCACGUAUUUUGAUUAUUUUUUUUUCAAAUAUGGCGAGUAUCGAUACUUGUUUGUCAGUUACGCAAAAAAUAUUUAAACAAAAAAAGACUUGUAGGAAAUUGUACAGUAUUCAACAUCUAUUGUCUAAAAGGAAUCAGUCGACAGUAUCACAAAAUGACUUCGAAAAGUGUGUGAAACCAGAUAUCGAUAUCACAUUAUGCAAAUCCUCGAAGCUUAAUGACAAUGUCACCAAUAUUCUAAAAAGUGGCACCCAAAUUAAGUUUGGUACUAUUUUCACAGACCACAUGCUCAAAAUACACUAUGACAAGCAUGCAGGUGGCUGGCAGAAACCAUACAUCACGCCUAUGGAACAUCUUCACUUACAUCCCGCAGCUAAAGUUCUUCAUUAUGCUACUGAGGUAUUCGAAGGAAUGAAGGCAUAUAGAUCAGAACAUGGCCACAUGAACCUAUUCAGACCAGAAUUAAACUUGCAGAGGUUAAACAAAUCAGCUAAACGAGUAGGCCUACCAUCAAUAGAUUCUGACAUAUUACUCAAAGGUAUUGAACGCCUAGUAUCUAUCGACAACGAGUGGUUACCCGUGUCUGCGCCGCUCAGUUUAUACAUUAGGCCUAACCUCAUAGGCACAGAAGGCACACUAGGCGUGGCACAAGCUGAUACAGCCCUUCUUUACGUAAUAAUGUGUACAGUUGGAUCAUAUUUCUCUAGUAAGUUCAAGUCUGUUCGAUUGAUGGCCAACCCAAAAUUCACUAGAGCAUGGCCUGGUGGUUGUGGUGACUUUAAAAUAGGCGCUAAUUACGCCACCACAUUAUAUCCUCAGGAAUUAGCUUCAAAAUUAGGUUGUCACCAAAUGCUGUGGUUAUAUGGUGAAGACCGGCAAAUCACAGAAGUUGGAGCGAUGAACGUGUUUAUUUUUUACAAAAACCAAAAUGGCGAAAAAGUAUUAGCCACUCCACCAUUAAACGGUAUGAUAUUACCAGGCAUCACCAGACAGUCGGUAUUGGACUUAACUAAGGAAUGGGACGAAUUUCGUGUUGAAGAGAGAAACUUUACUAUGAAUGAAUUAAUUGAAUUGAAUAAAAAUAACAAAAUACUUGAGUUUUUUGGAACUGGUACAGCAGCAGUCAUUAGUCCAGUAUCGUCCAUAUUAUACGAAGACGAAGACGUGCAAUUACCAACCAUGGAGCAAUCGAAUCCGUUGUACGCGAGGCUCUUCAAAACGAUUACUGAUAUACAGUACGGUCGGAUAGCGCAUCCGUGGACUAGAGUAGUAGACGAAAGACCACAUUUGUACGAAUCUCAAAACUACAAAUAUGCCAACUAAAAACCAUUAUAACUUAUUAAUAGAUCAUCGCACGACACUUGAUAGCGGUCAAUUAUUAUAACGACAAUUAUUGCAUAAAGCGUUUAUUUUUUAUAAACAUAAUAAUUACAACUACCUACGUUAAGCUCCGUUUUUAAAGCAAAAAAAAAAAACAAUAUAAUGUCAAUUAUAUUAACAGCAUUAAUAUAAUUUAUUAAUUUCACCUUAGU